AUGUCGAUCAGAAAGCUGGAUCUGCACAUUGAGCUGCAGGGAUAUCGAUGUCAGCCCCCCCCCGGUGCACGUAUCAAUAUCUCAGAAGGAUUCCAUGCCCUGAGAGAAUCAUUCACCAUCACCGGCGCCACAGAGUGUGUGUUUCGAGCCUUCACUGUGAUCACAAUCAAACUGGAAGAGGACUUGGCUGCACUUGUGGCGAACGGCACCGUCACCAGUAAGCCUCCGGUCACACUGCGGCUGGUCAUCCCGGCCAGCCAAUGCGGGUCCCUCAUCGGCAAGGGCGGCUCCCAAAUCAAAGAGAUCAGAGAGAAAACAGGGGCUCAGGUACAGGUGGCAGGAGACCUGCUCCCCAACUCCACAGAGCGAGGCGUGACGAUAUCUGGCAGUCAGGACGCCAUCAUCCAGUGUGUCAAGCUCAUCUGCACUGUAAUACUGGAGUCUCCUCCGAAGGGGGCUACGAUUCCGUACCGCCCCAGUCCUGCUCCAGGUGCAGUACUUCUUGCUGGAAAUCAGGUUUUCGAAACGUCAGAGUUUGCGUCUCAUCCGCUUUUCUCAGUGGCUCAGGGAGGCCUGGAUCUGCAACAAGCUUAUACUGUACAAAACCAAUAUGGCAUUCCACACUCAGAGUUGGCCAAGUUGCACCAGUUGUCCAUGCAGCAGGGUCUCGGCCCCAUCGCUCAGGCCACGGCCACUCCAGUUCUGCCGGCAGGCAUUGAGUCCAGCUCCCAGACAGCAUCACAAGAACUUCUCAUUCCAAAUGACCUGAUUGGUUCAAUAAUCGGCAGGCAGGGUACAAAAAUCAACGAGAUCCGCCGUUCCGGGGCUCAGAUCAAGAUCGGCAGUCAGCUGGACAGCACUAGUGACCGUCACGUCACCAUCACGGGCUCCCCAAUCAGCAUCAACUUGGCCCAGUAUCUAAUCACAUCCUGUUUAGAGACCGCCAAAUCCACUGCCCAGUCCUCCUCCAUGUCGACCCCUGUAGACCUCAACAUGAGCUUCACCCAGACUGCUCCCCCUGCAUCGUCCUCUGCCGCAGCCCUGGCAGCGAUGGGCGGCCUGCCCCACGCUCCAAUCUUGGGCGCCCCCUAUACCCUCCCCCUCUCCAGCCUCCUGGGAAUCAAAUCCGUCCCCUUCCUGGCGCUGUCGGCCCCCGCUGCCACUGCCGCCGCUGCUGCCGCCGCCGCCGCCGCUGCCCCAGCUCACGGCUCCCUGGCCUCCUACACCGCCAAGAUCUCCUCGGCCAACGGCAUCAAGAAACCGGAGCGGCAGAAGUUUGCGCCCUACUGAGAGGAACUACCCACACCUCCUUUGAGACGAAACGCCGCAGGGGAAUACUUUUAAGGGUUCUUCUUCUCCUCUAGCCUGAUGUAGCU